GGAUAGGGGUGGGGUGGGAGGGGUGAGGUGAGGUGGCUGUUUGGUGUAGCAAGAUGACGCGGGAGGCUUGAAUACCAUUCAGCGACAUUUAACGAGGGCUCCAUAUGAAAUUGGACAAGCAAGCCAUGGGGUCACAAGGCUUAACUCGGUUCCAAUUCGUGUCGGGAGGGCUAGAUGAGACUGCGCAUUCAGGACUGGGCGUAAUUACGCAUCUAUCAACCUCCGGCUUAGGAAGGCGAAGGAGUCGGUUUUACAGUGCGAUUACUUGGCCGCUUAUGGUAGGACUUAGCAUGGGAACAACAGCAUUUUUGUUCAAUUAAGUGUAGAUAAGUGAAGCAAUUCUCCUUGGGCAAAGAUUCGCUCAGUUGUUUGUGG